CAAACUCAUUUCAAGCACAACAGAAGAAAAAAGCCAAUACACAUUUGAUUCCUUUACUUCUGAAACUGCAUUUUCUCCAGUACUAGAGCUAGACUAAUAUCAGAUGGGCGGAGGAGGAGAGCACCACCACGCCGACGGCGGAGAUUUUAGGGCCAAGGUAUGGAGCAUGACGGGUGGGCCCAACUGCCGCCCCAAGCACUGGAAGCGCAACACUGCUUUCGCCAUGGUUGGCAUCGUCCUGAUCUGUAUUCCCAUCGCCAUCAAAUCUGCCGAGCUCGAGCGACGCCCACAUCUUCCAGUUCGUCCAAUUCCCUCGCAGAUUUGGUGCAAGAAUUUCGGGAACAAGGACUACUAAUAUUAUGUAAUAAAGUGUUUGUAAUUCAACAAUGAGAAUCACAUUGCAUUUUGUAAUAACUUCUGUUUGCUAUAUUUUCGGGAUUCUUUUAAUUGUGAUGAAACAAGUCACUCUGAGAAGUCUGUGCUUGAUCGAAUAAGAUUGGACUUGGUUUGGUUGCUUCUUCAUUUGUUGUUCAGUUUAAUGGUAGAAACUGUAAGGCUUUUAUUUUGCUGCAA